AUGACUCAAAGUAGGCUUGUUGAGUAUUUUGUCAAGAGACGUGAAAAGAUCCAAAAAGCAAUGGCAAAAGGCUGGAGAAUUGCAAAAAAGGUUGAGGAUGUCAUACAAAAGAAUGAUCAGUUAACGGUUAGUCUCCGUGUGCGUGUUUUUGAUAGAGAGCUGCAGUUGUUUGAAGUUGAGGAUGCCUACAAUCAAUCUACACAUGAUGCCGGCGACAUAAUGAGGGUGGACUUGCUUAAUCGCAAAUGUCAAUGUGGACAAUUCACAGCUAGAAGAUUUCCUUGCAGUCACGUGUUAGCGGUGUGCAAGGUAGAAAAAUUGAACCAUUAUGACUAUGUCGAUCCUGUGUUUUCAAUGUCACAAAUUGACAAGGUCUAUGCUGCACAUUGGUAUCCAAUGGGUAAUGAGUUGUUGAUUCCACAAAUAGAUGGCCCAACUAUUAUCCCAAAUUCAUCUUUGGUACGUGCACAAGGAAGACCGAAGUCUUCAAGGAUACAGAAUGUGAUGGAUUGGGUUGAGUCGCAACCCACAAGCAGUCAGAGUAGAUGCAGCACCUGCAAACAAAUUGGUCACAAUAAACGUACAUGUCCUAUGAGGAUUAGACAAAGUUGA